CCUGCUUUUAUUUUUCUUUGCAGACGGCCACGGUUGAGAACAAAAACAAACUUGAACCAGACGGGCUCUGGGUCAACACUUGAGCGUAUGUCCUCUUCCGAUGAGGAAGAACUGAAGACUUGUAACUGAAGAGAUUUUAUCUUCAUUUUUUUUCCAUUGUUGGAAAAAAAAGGGAAGGGCUCUGCCAAGAAAAAAACAACCAUUUGGAAAUUGAGUUAUGCGUCAGUGAGUGCGCACUUUACGCACAGGGCGCACCAUGAAACUUUAACAUGUUGGACCACUUCGCCGGUGUUGUUGUUCAUGCAUUUCCUUUGUUGGUAUCAGCUCUUCAAGACUCACUGUAACCAUGUGUCGUGGCUAAAAAAACUUUACAGCGCACUCAAGCUUGUGGAGGUUAGACCUGAAACAGCAUGGGGGCCAAACAGAGCAACACGGUAUUUGAUGGCAGAACUCGGGCUUAUUCCAGCUCCGAUCUCCCAUCUGGUCACUCCAGCGGAGGGGAGAGGAUUGCGGGGUUUAGAUACACCAAUGGACCCGAUGGCCCCAGGAUCCGUAUCACGGGAGGGGGGCCAACCAGCUCUGGGCUCAGUAUACCGGCCGGCGGCAGGUCGGGGUCACACCACAAUCAAAAUCCCGAUGGCACAGAUGGUGGCGAUGAAGAGCCACCUGAGGGCCACAGGUUGCUAAUAGGGUCCCUACCGGCUCACCUGUCCCCUCACCUGCUGGGAGGAUUCCACUGUCCUGUUUGCUCCAAGUUCAUGGCAUCGGAUGAAAUAGAGAAGCACCUGCUCAUGUGUUUCAGCAAAACACGCCUCACCUAUAACAAGGACGUCCUGUCUAGGGACUCUGGGGAAUGUGCCAUCUGUUUAGAAGAGCUGGAGCAGGGAGACACCAUUGCCAGACUGCCCUGCCUCUGUAUCUACCAUAAAGGGUGUAUAGAUGAGUGGUUUGAGGUGAAUCGCUCAUGUCCAGAGCAUCCUUCUGACUAGGAGCCGCAAGAGUACAGUUUUCAAUGUACUCUACGUCUGUCUGUGGUCGACUGUGUGACCUGACCUCAUCCAAACGCUGUCUGUUCCAGCCGAGCGUCAGUGCUCAUCAGGGAUUGUUUAUUAUUCAUAUUGCCUCACGGGACAGCGAUGGACUUUUGAGAUUUUGCUCUAGGCAUCGUGGGAUGUUCAAAGAACCACUGGUGGAGUCAGUUUGUGUCUCCAGAAAAUAAGUGAAUGUUCCCUAUGUCCCCUGCUGGCUGAAAAGUGGGCUCAUGCAACCUGAGAUCUUGCUGGACUGGACUGUUUUGCUGAACAGGGUGUGUUUUUAUAGCAGAGGACUUUCAUACCCAACAUGGAGGAAGAAUAAUGUCUCUUUUCAGUAGAGAUUUCCAUUUGAUGCCUGUUCAGAGGCUUGAUCAGAACGCUGAAGGCUGAUGUUGUGCAAUGUGAAAAACAAACAAACAAACAGCCAUACUGAAUAAAAUAUGCCUAUAUCAGCUUUAAGGGAUGAUUACAGUGUUGAUGGUAGUGGAUUGUAUUUUGUCUGUUUGUUGCAAAAUCGGCUAUCAAUAUUGUGUCCUAGACCAAAUAGUCUAACGUGAAAUAGUCAAGACUUUGUUAAUCACUUGGCCAUUCAGAACCACAGUAAUGUGAUUGUGUAGUGUAGUGGUGGAAUACAAAAUAGGCCGAUACAUGUCUAACAAUGAUUCAUACUCUCUCUAAGGAGUGCCAUAAUAUGCUGCUAUGUCAUAGACUGGAAAGUUUUCCUAUAACCUUUGAACCUUUGUGUAUUGUACUUUCUAUUUGUACUGUAAUGAAUUGCACAACAAUAAA